AUGUCUAAACGAGGGAAGGAAAAUACUUUAUUCAAUUAUAUGAUAAAGAAACCAAAGUCUACCGAUGAAAAUCAGUCUUCACCUGUUCCUGUUUCUGUUCCUGUUUCUGUUCCUGUUCCUGUUCCUGCUCUCGACAAUAACACUGAGAAUGCUGGUACUAGUUCCGGUUCUAAGGAAGAUAUUCCACGAACUAACGCUCAAAAUAUUUUAGAUUUAGGUUGUUACACGGAAUUAAAAAACAAAAUUGAUGAUAAUUUAAAGUGUAGAUUACUGGAUUCGCCUUGGCAACCGGACAAAUCAUUUAAGUUCCCAGUAAGCGAUGGAAAGAAAAAACUGAAAUUUCAAGUAACGUGGUUUGAUCGGUUCCCAUGGCUGGUUUAUACGACAAAAGGUCAGCAAGGCGCCUUAUGUAAAUUUUGUGUAUUAUUCGCCCGAGAUUGCGCAGGUAAAGGGUCUCAUCAGCAGUUAAAGUCUUUAGUUACCCAGCCGCUGAACAAAUGGAAAGAUGCCCUUUCUGAUUUUAAACGUCAUGGUGAAAGCCAGUAUCAUAAAGAAUGCAUGAUAUUGGCUGAUAAUUUUCUUCGAGUGUUUAAAAAAUUGCAACCGGACAUUAUUAGCCAAAUCGAUACAGGACGCUUAACGCUAAUAGCCGAAAAUCGUACAAAACUCAUUCCCAUUAUUGAAACUAUUAAAUUGUGUGGCCGACAGGAAUUGGCAUUGAGAGGGACAUGCGAUUUAGGACCGAUUAAAAUCAACGAUCCUGAACCAGAAAUAAAUGACGGUAACUUUAGAGCUAUUUUACGAAUGCGAAACAACUGUGGUGAUUUAAAUCUAAGGAAGCACUCGGAAAGUAUGAUGUUGAACGCUACGUACUUAAGCCCGGAUAUACAAAAUGAAUUAAUUGCAACUUGUGGUGAAAUUAUUCAAAAUAAAUUAGUUGAUAAGAUAAAUUCUGCUAAGUACUUUUCGAUACUGGUUGAUGAAACGACUGAUAUUUCACGACAAGAACAAAUGUCAAUUUGUGUUAGAUAUACGGAGCCCAAAGAUGAUAUAUUUAUAUUGCACGAAGAUUUCUUGAGUUUUGUUUCAGUUGAGAGAACUACAGGAACAUUUUUAGCUAAUGCAAUUCUUUUAGAAUUAAAACGUUUAGGAAUUAACUGCGAAUACUUAAUCGGACAAGGAUAUGAUGGUGCCGCCGCAAUGAAAGGCUGUUUUAACGGUGUACAGACAGUAAUCCGUGAGAUUCAUCCGGAAGCUUU